AUGUAUAGAAUGGCUACUGCUAUGACAUCAGCAUCAACUACCACCACCUCAUCUACUGUUACUGCUACAAAUGCUUCUCAAACUACAAAAAAAUCGACAAGUUGGGCACAAGCAGCUGCUAGAUCUGCUCCACCAAAUAUUAAGAAAAAUGAAAAAAAGGUGGAAUCUAAAGUUACUAAGGUGAUUGUCUCAACAACUGACUCAAAUUCUAUUCCUAAAAAGAAAACAGUUACUUCCAAUGGUAAUACAAAUCCUAAUAUCAGCAACAAAAAUAAUAAUAAUGGUGUUAGUAGUGGCAGUAAUGCUAAUAACAAAAAACAUUCUAAUAGACAGUCGUACAAUAGAAACGAAGUCAGAUCCUAUAUGAAUGAUUUGUUCACGAAAUAUGCGAAAAGUCCUAAGACAACACCAUAUCGGAAUGUGGUAAGGAAUAAUAAACAUUUACCAAAUGAAAGUUGGGAUACAGUUCAAUCCAAAAGCAAUAGAAAUAGGAAUAAAAAAUACGGGCUAUUGAUCGAAGUAUCCAAGCUAUUAAAAUAA